AUGAAGGAGCACCUUGCCUGUUCCCAGUGUGGCAAGUGUUUUAACCAGUCAGGGGAUCUGAAAAGACAUGAGAGAAUACACACAGGGGAGAAGCCUUACCACUGCUCCCAGUGCGGAAAGCGUUUUAACGAUUUAGGGAACCUGAAAAAACAUGAGAGAAUACACACAGGGGAGAAGCCUUACCACUGCUCCCAGUGUGUAAAGAGUUAUAACCAUUUAAGGAACUUGAAAGUUCAUGAGAUAAUACACACAGGGGAGAAGCCUUACCACUGCUCCCAGUGUGGAAAGGGUUUCAACCGGCCUGGGGAUCUGAAACGGCAUGAGAGAAUACACACAGGGGAGAAGCCUUACCACUGCUCCCAGUGCGGAAAGAGUUUCACCCAGCCGGGGGACCUGAAACGGCAUGAGAGAAUACACACAGGGGAGAAGCCUUACCACUGCUCCCAAUGUGGAAUGAGUUUCACCCAGCCGGGGGACCUGAAACGGCAUGAGAGAAUACACACAGGGGAGAAGCCUUACCACUGCUCCCAAUGUGGAAUGAGUUUCACCCAGCCGGGGGACCUGAAAUGGCAUGAGAGAAUACACACAGGGGACUUGCUGUCUUAUAUUGUUGACUGAUAAUGAUUACCUGUUUUUACCAUAUGAACUUGAAUUGUACAAAGUAUACUAAAAC